GCGCAGUACGCCUCGAUUCUACAAUGACGUUGCCUAGUCUAUGGUCGCUUGUUUUGUUUGGCACUCCCUAGUUUUGUUUCUUCGAGCCGGCGUUUAAAAGUCUGCCCCGGAGAAGCCAUGGCCGAAGAGGCCUCGGGAGCCGCCCGCCCGCCCGAGCACGACGGGCUUCUCCAGCAGCGUAUCGAGGAUCUGGAGCAGGAGCGGGCCGAGUUCCUCAAGCUCAAACAGCAGCUGGAGAUGGAGUUCAACCAGAAGCGUGCCAAGUUCAAGGAGCUCUAUUUGUCUAAAGAAGUGGAGCUGAAGCGUCAGGCGGCAUCUCUGGAGAGCGCCCAGGCAGAGCUGAGCCACCUGCAGACCCAGCUGGCCAAGGCUACAGCCGAGAUGGAGAACAUCAAAGCCGUGGCCACCGUCUCGGAGAGCACCAAGCAGGAGGCCAUCGACCAGGUCAAGCAGCAGUGGCAGGAGGAAGUGGCGUCCUUACAGGCCAUCAUGAAAGACACGUUGCGGGACUACGAGGUGCAAUUCCACCAACGACUGGAGCAGGAGCGAGCGCAGUGGGCGCAGUAUCGCGAAGGGGUCGAGAGAGAGCUGGCCGAACUGCGGCGCCGCCUGUCUGAAGGCCAGGAGGAGGAGAACCUGGAGAACGAGAUGAAGAAGGCCCAAGAGGAUGCUGAGAAGCUUCGCUCUGUAGUGAUGCCGAUGGAGCAUGAAAUCGCUGCUCUCAAGGCCAAGCUGACGAGCGCAGAGGAGCGGGUUAAGGAACUCGAGGCAGCUAAGGUGAAGGAGCUCAACCACGUUCUCGAGGCCGAGAAGUCGUGCCGGACCGAUUUGGAGAUGUACGUCGCUGUCCUCAAUACCCAGAAAUCUGUCCUCCAGGAGGACGCAGAGAAACUUCGGAAAGAGCUCCACGAAGUGUGUCACAUGUUGGAACUCGAGCGGCAGCAGCACAACCAGUUGAAGCACACUUGGCAGCGCGCCAACGAUCAGUUCCUGGAGUCGCAGCGGCUGCUGAUGCGAGACAUGCAACGCAUAGAGAGCGUGCUGAGCUCUGAACAGCUGCGCCAGGUGGAGGAGAUGAAAAGGAGGGACCAGGAGGAGGACGAGAAGGAGCGGCUUAGUCAGGCCCAGGAAGCCGGCGAGGACGAUGGCGCAGACCACACGGAGGCCGCAGAGGACUCUUUCCUCGGUAUUUCCAUAGAGGAGUCCCACCUGAACCACAGCAUCCACAGCUCUAUACACUCGCUGGACGAGGACGGGCCGGACUCCUGCGAUCCCUGUAGAGACGGCCUCCGCCGCGUCCAGUCCACAGACAGCCUGGGCUCGUCCGGAAACGCCCUGCAACCCCAAGGACUCAACCACAAAGCCAAAUCAGCCAGCAACCUGGACGAGUCGGAGUUCGGCCCGCUGGUCGGGGCCGAGUACAACCCCUCCGUCGCACCUUCUAUCGGCUCCCUGCCUUUCCUCCUCACCAAGGACCAGGAGAAGGCCAUCAAGGCCAUGACGCCCGAGCAAGAGGAGACGGCAUCGCUGCUCUCGAGCAUCUCGCAGCGACUCGACGCCACGUACCUGCCUCCAGCCGGCUACCGAUUGGUCAGCGACUUGGAGUGGAACCUUCUUCAGCAGGAGUUGAAGAACGCGGGGAGGAAGUUGGGCCGGCGUUGUGACAUGUGCUCCAAUUAUGAGAAGCAGCUUCAAGUCAUGCAGGGGCAGGAGGCAGAGACACGAGAUCAGGUGAAGAAGCUGCAGGCCAUGCUCCGGCAGGCCAACGAUCAUCUGGAGAGGACGAUGAGCGAGAAGCAGGAGUUGGAAGACGCUGUGAAGCAGGGCCAUGAAGAAACCAACACUAAGGUCUCGGCGCUUAUGCAGAAAGUCCAGGAGUCGGAGACGACGCUGAGCGCGCUCCAGCAAGCCUUCAGCCAGGCCAAGAGGAACACCCAGGAACAGAUGGCUGUGUUGCUGAAGUCCCGGGAACAGGUGGCUGAGGAGCUGAGCAGGCUACAGAGAGACAACGAGAGUCUUCAGGGCAAACACAGACUUCACCUGACGCUGCAGCAGGAGGAGAACUUCCAGAUGCCCACAACCACCCAGGAGCUCCAGUCUCUGGUGCUGCAGUACCGCGAGGACAUCGUCUCGGCGCGCACGGCAUCCGAGCACCUGGAAGAGAAGCUGAAGGCCGAGAUCUUGUUCCUGAAGGAGCAGAUCCAGGCGGAGCAGUGCCUCAAAGAGAACCUAGAGGACACACUACAGCUGGAGAUCGAGGGCUGCAAGGAGGAGAUCGAGAAUGAUGUUGAGGUUGCGUACACUUCAAAGGAGUUCUCAAGGAGCUGGUUGCGCCAAGAGGGUUGAUUCCUGAUCAUAAGAUGGUUGUCAUUUUCUGGAUGGGAAAAUUAGCACUGUUCCACCACCUAGGAGUCAUUUUAUUUAAAUCUUUAGAAAUUUAAGCGUCAACGAAUUCUAGACCGUCCCAUUUGUUUACUGUUUUCCAGUUUGCGCACCAGCUAGCUCCUCCUUAUCGAACGAUCGCUACAAACCCGAGAGCGGAAGGCUAACGCCUACGAGACGCGAAGCCUCUGCAUGUUUCCAGACGUCACGAUCCCGAGCCAAAUGUUUCCGCAAUUUCAAAUAAAUAAAUAAAUAAAUAAGCUACAAUGGGGAAAAUACUAUAAAUUAUUGCAUCUACAGGUUGGAACGUUUGAGUCGGAAUAGUUUGCAAGCGCGCGAGUAUAAACACGACGAGGCCGUAGUAGAUGAGUUUUUCCUGUCCGGCGUGAUUACGUUUUUACAUUUACGGUAUUUGGAAGACGCUCUUAUCCAGAGCGACUUACGUUUAUAUCAUUUAUACAACUGAGCAAUUGAGGGUUAAGGGACUUGCCCAAGGGCCCAACAGUGGUAGCUUGGCAGUGCUGGGGCUUGAACUCCUGACCUUCUGAUCAGUAACCCAGAGCCUUUAACCACUGAUCCACCAUCGCCACACGUGUUGACGUUCAAUGUCCCCGACGACCUCCGUAGUCCCGUUUAACCAUGUUAUCAACUGCCGUUUUCAAGACGCGUAAAAGCUUAACAAAACCGCGAGUGGAGUAUUCCUGACGUAUUUUACGUCGUAGAAUAUAACGUGAAAACACCUUGAGCUUGUGUUAACCACAGACCUUAUUCCAGGCGUUUAACCAAAAACCCUUCGACUUCGGGAACACGGAACCGGAAGUGCUGAGAUGUUAACUCGUUUCCGUGUUUUUAUGACUCAUUUUUGCAGCACUCUAUUGCUAUUCCACGUUUAUUUCUCUUUCAUAGCUCCAAUGUUCACAUUAAACCGAUUCGGCUCCCCCUAGUGGUGUGGAGUGUUGUAGAAUAUCAGUUCUUUUUGAGUGAAAUGACUUGGAAGUAGUUCCUUUUUCUUUUUGUUUUGUUUUGUUUUUUUUUGUUCUUGUCCUUCAGAACAUGGAGCAAGUACUAGGUAUUUGAUUGAGGUUGCGGUCAAAUCGAAGCUGGUUAAGAAAUUACUUUCUUGCUUAACGCCAAAACAAAAUGGAAGACCCAGUUCCUCUCAUCUGCUCUGAUUCAAAUCUUUGUUUUCCCUCCCCACCCCCUCUCCUUCUCCUUCUCCCUCUCCCUCUCCCUCCAUUGGGGACAUGUGUUCAGACAUCCUGGAAGGUAUGAUUCACUGGCUGACUGUAGGUACAUGUGUGUAGGCUGUCUGUCUCCACUGGUCGUACUAAUUCCAUUUUAACGCUCACAGUACAUAACAUAACACAUCACAUUAAUCUCAUCUGAGCACACUGUGUUCUGGAGUGACCGCACCGCUUACACAGACGUCUAGAAGUAGCCGUGUGGCUGUGUGUUGGUAGCAGACCCUCGUGUGGCAUGCCCUUGUGUGUGGUAGUCUUGUCUGAUGACGUCAGUCACGUUUGUUUCCAUGUCGUAAACGUCAGCAGACGAGGUUAUGGUGCGUUAACGGCCUGUAGAAGGAUAGAGCUGAACUUAUGGCUUGUGAUUGGGAAUGACCGAAGCAAAGACGUGUUUAAAUACGUUGCAACCUUUCGUACGAGCGGUUUGACAAGCAGGGAAGAAAACACAAGAGCGUGUGCCGCUGUUAUAGGAAAAUAAUCGACGACCGUCGAUUAUUUUUUAAUAUCGGCACAUCCUGAUGUUUUAUUCCUCUUAUAACACGGCCAUUUUCCAACGCGAACAGGUUUAAGAUACAAAAGGACAGCAAUGUUAUGACUUGCGUUAUGUUAUAGCAGCGAUAAACCAUCGUUUACUCAGUAUCUUUUUCUAAUUUUUUUAUUCUUUCUCUUAGAGGUCGACCGAUUGAGCGAUUUUGCCGGAACUAUCGGUUAUUUGCAAAAAUCCACACCGAUAGGUUUUCCCGGUUGAAAAAAUCCACACCGAUAGGUUUUCCCGGUUGCGUCCGUUGCGGGAGCGGUCGAGAAGGGUCCGCCGUCGUUAUACAGUACGAGAGCGGCCUCUAGAGGCGAAAUAAAAACCAUCGCUGACCAAUUUUGCCCUGUUAUUUGAAGUGUUUUUAAAAUAAAUUUUUUUAUUUAAAUUUUAAAAUUUAUUUGGGGUGCUACUUUUUGGUUCAGUUUGGAUGUCUGUCUUUUAUUUACUUUAAUAUUUAUUAAUAGUUAAUAUAUAUAUAAAUAUUUAUUUCAUUAAAAAAAGUACAGUACAUGUUCAUAGUACAGUCAGUACUGUUUAUUUUUGUAAUAAAGUUCAGCAGUAUUUUACUUUGAGUGUUAUGUUUUCAUUCAGUAUCAGUUUUAAAAACUAUCGGCCGAUUUAUCGGUAUCGGUAAAAUCCACUAUCGGUCGACCUCUCCUGUCUCUUUGAGUUAAUUAAACAAAAAGCGCAAUCUUUUACAAAACACCGACUCUGGAGUCUCCUGCCAAAAAUGUUAAAUAAACGUCUCCUAAUAGCAAGCGUCACCACGUCAACAAUUAAACUUUUUUCCUUUGUUAAUAAUAACAAACAUGUCUUUGUUUAUUAUUAUUAUUAUUAUUAAUAUUAGAUUAUUGUAAAAAUAAAAGUCCUCGUAUAAGCAAGGAUAACGUAUUAGAACAAGCGCGUUAAUAUAAAAACCAUAAGCCUUGCAUCCAGCACCAUGUGUGUCUUCCGACCAUUCAGCAGCACUGUGGUAAAAUGUACUUGUCCCUGUGUGAUGCUCUGAUAUCUAACCAGCACUAAUGUUCUAGUGUUCUCGCUCUAGAUUAUGCUUUGUCUUGCUAAUGGGACAUUUUAAUCACCAUAUCAAGUCUAGUGCUACAUACCGAUCAUACAGUACACAGCGUUUAAUUCUGACUUCCGUCUCAU